CUGUUUAUUUACUCUUUUGGACCUUUUCGGUAUCUGUAGUUGCGCUGGCAGGGCAAUUGUUUUGUUGAUACAGGUUUGGUGGUCAAGUUGGAAGGCUGCUUCAAGCUGCUGUAGAAAACACAGAGGACGCAGAGUGACAUCAUGUCUGACAAAAGUGAGCUGAAAGCGGAACUGGAGAGGAAGAAGCAACGGUUAGCGCAGAUCAGGGAGGAGAAGAGAAGGAAGGAGGAGGAGCGCAAGAAGGCGGAACAACAGCUGAAAGAAGCUCCCAUCCAGCAGGAUGACUCUGACCUGGAGAAAAAGAGACGAGAAGCUGAGGCUCUUCUCCAAAGUGUGGGGAUAACCCCUGAUGCUGCCGUUGUCCCUCCUCCUACAUCUCCUACUGCCAAAUCAGCAGGAACUCCAAGUGAGGCAGGCAGCCAGGACUCUGAUGGAGCCGUGGGACCCAGGACUCUGCACUGGGACUCUGACCCGUCCACUCUUCAACUUCACUCUGAUUCUGAGCUGGGGCGAGUGGCUCCAAAGCUGGGAAUGGCAAAAGUCACACAGGUGGACUUCCCGCCGCGGGAAACGGUGUCCUACACGAAGGAGACUCAGACUCCUGCCCCAACCCAGGCCAAAGAAGAGGAAGAAGAGGAGGAAGAAAUCGCUCCAGUUCAACCAGUCAUCGAGGAUCAGACUGAGAAACCUGAUCAGAACGAAGAAGAAGAAGCCCCCCCUCAUGAGCUGACUGAGGAGGAAAAGCUGCAGAUCCUCCACUCCGAGGAGUUUACAAACUUCUUUGACCAGAGCACCCGCAUCAUUGAGCGCGCUCUGUCCCAGCACGUGGACAUCUUCUUUGACUACAGCGGACGUGAUCUGGAGGAGAAGGAAGGUGAAAUUCAGGCGGGAGCGAAGCUUUCACUCAACAGGCAGUUUAUGGACGAGCGCUGGUCCAAACAUCGGGUCGUUACCUGUCUGGACUGGUCUCCGCAGUAUCCUGAGCUGCUCGUCGCCUCAUAUAACAACAAUGAGGAGGCUCCACAUGAACCAGAUGGUGUAGCUUUAGUUUGGAACAUGAAGUUCAAGAAAGCAACGCCAGAGUACGUCUUCCACUGUCAGUCUGCUGUUAUGUCUGCGGCGUUCGCCAAAUUUCACCCGAACGUUGUGGUAGGAGGGACAUAUUCGGGACAGAUCGUUCUGUGGGACAACAGGAGCAAUAAGAGGACCCCCGUGCAGAGGACCCCUCUGUCUGCAGCAGCACACACGCACCCGGUGUAUUGUGUAAAUGUCGUCGGCACACAGAACGCCCACAACCUGAUUAGCAUCUCAACGGACGGCAAGAUCUGCUCCUGGAGUCUGGAUAUGCUCUCCCAGCCUCAGGACAGCAUGGAGCUCGCCUUCAAGCAAUCAAAAGCCGUCGCCGUCACCUCCAUGUCCUUCCCCCUUGGCGACGUCAACAACUUUGUGGUGGGCAGCGAGGACGGCUCCGUCUACAUGUCGUGUCGUCAUGGCAGCAAAGCGGGGAUCAGUGAGAUGUUUGAGGGCCACCAGGGGCCCAUCACAGGAAUCCAUUGCCACACAGCUGCAGGGCCGCUGGACUUCUCCCACCUGUUUGUCACCUCCUCUUUCGACUGGACCGUCAAACUGUGGAGCACCAAGAAUAACAAGCCGCUGUACUCGUUUGAAGACAACUCUGACUACGUGUAUGACGUGAUGUGGUCUCCCACUCACCCAGCUCUGUUUGCAUGUGUGGACGGAGUGGGUCACCUGGACCUGUGGAACCUAAACAAUGACACAGAAGUGCCCACUGCUAGCGUUGUGGUGGAGGGUAACCCAGCCCUCAAUAGGGUCAGAUGGGCUCAUACUGGGAGAGAGAUUGCAGUUGGGGACUCUGACGGACGUGUUCUUGUAUAUGAGGUUGGAGAGCAAAUUGCAGUUCCACGAAACGACGAGUGGACGCGCUUCGUCCGCACGCUGGCGGAGAUCAACGAAAACAGAGACGACGCAGAGGAGCUGGCUGCUCAGCGCCUGGCUGCCUGAGCUCUCCUCCGUGGCUCCAUGCGGUGUUUAAGGGACCAGCUGGGUGAUGGUGACUGUCGGCCCUGUUUUUCAAGUGACUGAAGGAAUAAAAGUGUAAACAGUUUCUGAAUACCAUCAACCAGUCUUCCUCAAAGAUCCAAAUAGCAGGGUUAUCAAAACUGGGACACUAACAUUAAGCCGUAUUAUUUGGAGAAAAAAAAAAACUGUCUUCUCUUCAACCAGAUGCCUUAAAGUUUAUCUGUAAAAUCUUUUCCUGUCAAAUGUUGGAGCAUGUCGAGCCUUAACUUUGUGUUUCUUAAGCCAAAUAGGUGCACUGCUGCACAAACCCACAGAUGUCAGCCAUGCUGUAGCUGUUGUUCCCAUUGAAGCUGUAAUAAAUCAAUCAGGUCGAAAAUAAGCCAAUGCUGUAAUAAUCUAAUGGAGUUACAGUCAGACAUUAACUUUCACUCAUUUUAACACCGAAUCUCUCAUUAUUUUGAGGCUUUUAAUGAAAACCCUUAUCAUUCAACCUCUUAAUGGAAUGGAACUAGAGCAGAGCUGUUUUUUGAUACUGGUAUGUAUAUCUACAUAUAGAGAAACCACACUUCUUUACAGUCAUAUCUCUGAUAGCUGGCUUUUUGGUCUCUGAUUAUUAUAUAAUUAAUUGGUUUAGAUUUCCAGUCAGCUAAAACGGCCCGUAGCAUAUUGCUGUUUAGGUUUCAAAGCCUCACUCUGACUCCUACUACCAGAUUUCUUGACAAAGAGGAGCAUCUACAUCACCUUUAUCUAUUAUUCUGCUCUGUACAACCCUGCAGCUUUUUUCUAGUUUAUGUGAGAUUUCUAAGUUGUUCCUGAAAAUCCAAACUAGUUUUCUUACAUCUUUUGAUUGUCUAUGGCCCAAUAGAAUGUGGUUUAUCUCCUCUAUCCCAUUUGAAAUGUGAUGGUGUAAUUCACCAUGCAUAUGCAGAACUGUUUCUUUUCUUUGUAGAACAGAUACGACCUGCAUUCAUUUCAUAUUAUUUUGUUUAAGCAUUCUCCCAUCCUGAUGAGAGAAAAGUUUCCAAAGAAGAUGAGUGAAUGUUAGUUUCUGACUGUAGCUGCA